GUUGUUUCUGUUCGAACUCUCGCGAGAAGUGUUCUUUUUGCAGAUGGCGGCGCAGUGAGUGCUCACGCGUGGUGGAGUUGGUGCCGGGUACUAGGUUGAUUGAUACACGGGUGACGUGGAGCCGCCAGGAUGCAGCACGACGAUGUUAUCUGGGAUAUUGUGGGAAACAAACAGUUUUGCUCCUUCAAAAUAAAAACAAAGACGCAAAGCUUCUGUCGUAAUGAAUACAAUAUAACUGGGUUGUGUAAUCGUUCUUCAUGUCCCCUUGCAAACAGCCAGUAUGCUACCAUUAAAGAGGAAAAAGGCAUCUGCUACUUGUAUAUGAAGACCAUAGAAAGAGCCGCUUUUCCAGCUCGGUUGUGGGAAAGGGUUCGUCUAAGCAAGAAUUAUGAGCGGGCAUUGGAGCAGAUCGAUGAGAAUCUAAUAUACUGGCCCCGGUUUAUCAGACAUAAAUGUAAACAGAGAUUUACCAAGAUUACACAGUACCUCAUUCGUAUCCGUAAACUCACUUUAAAGAGGCAACGUAAAUUGGUGCCCUUGAGUAGGAAGGUGGAAAGAAGAGAAAAGAGGAGAGAGGAAAAAGCUCUGGUGGCUGCUCAGCUGGACAACGCAAUAGAGAAAGAAUUACUGGAACGUCUCAAACAGGGAGCGUAUGGAGAUAUCUAUAACUUCCCCAUCCAAGCAUUUGAUAAAGCAUUGGAACAGCAGGAAGAGGCUAGUGCCUCAGAGUCUGAAGAAGAAGGGGAGGAGGAGGAAGAGGAGGAUGAUGAUGAAAGUGGCAAACGAGAGUUUGUUGAAGACGAUGAAGUGGAAGAAAGUGAUCUCAGUGACUUUGAGGACAUGGAUAAAUUGGCCAUAAGUGGGGAUGAAGGGAAAUCAUCUAGCGAAGAGUCAUCAGAGGAAGAAGAAGUUGUUUCCAAAGCCAAGUCUAAGGGAAAGACACCUUUGAAAGGACCAAUCAGGAAAAAGCGUGCUUAUGUUGAAAUAGAGUACGAACAAGAGACUGAGCCACAGCAGAAGACAAAAGCAAGUUGAUUUGAUUCUAUUCACAGGACUAUUGGACUCUUUUCUACAUAAAACUAUUUGCUACAUAAAAGAUUUUGACAUGAAGCUGACAACUCAAGAAUCAACCAUCCUUAUUGUGACAGUGCCACCUCUUGGUACAUAGAAUUACGACAGAAAAAAUGUACUUGUCAUUACAUGUGUGCCAAGAAAGGUAACGGAGUGCUGGGAUAAGAGGAUUUAUAAAGUAUUUCAGAGAGUGAUCUCAUAUUAAGCAGUUAUUCAGCAUCAUAUCUCAUCUUUUGAUCAUUAAAAGAUUUUGUGUAAAUGUUCUGUACCUGUUAAAGUUUAGAAAUAAAUUUCUCCUUG